AUGGCAGUGGCAGCUGAGCACAGUCGGCUGCAAUGGGCAAAAGCAUCGUUGAGGACCUAUGAGCGGUCGCUAGACGACAUGGAAAAAUUUUUCGCCCUCGCCGGAGAAGGAGGAGUGGGUGCAACUGACGGUCAACACUGGCAUAUCGCCGUAACGGCCAAGAUCAAGGCGACUGGUCUCGAUCUAAGGAAAGACGUGCCAACAGCAUGGAAAACCCUCCGCCACAUCAACCCUUGCUUGUCGGCCGUCGUUCAGGGCGAUCGCUGGGUUUACACCGUCGCGGACGAGCAAGAGCUCGAACCGUGGCUCAAGGAAACACUACACUUCCACGACACUUCCAGCACAUCCCGCGACAUGUUCCCCAUUAGAAAUUUCACUGGACGUGCUGCCCUUCACGUCCUACUCCAGACAAAGGAGCUCUACCUACUGGCCCCUCACACUCAUCUCGAUGGAAUCGGUGCCUAUACCGCGAUGAACAACCUCGUCCAGGCCUUGGCCGAUACCGCUUCUGUUACCGACAGCCCGAAACUCGGCGGCGAUGAAGCCCAGCACUUGAUUCCUCCGCUCAAUGUCCUUGCCGACAUUCCUGCCGCGACAGACGCCCACAGAAGCACUUUCAAGUCCAUGCUGGGAAGCUGGAUGGCCGGCUUCGCGGGUGUGAAGCUGCAACAAGACGGGGAUACUAAGCAGCCACACGGAGACCCGAGAAUUCUUUACGCCCCGUUCGGUGUCUCUGAAACCAAAUGCAUCAUAGCAAGGUGCAAAGAGCUAGGCUUUACCGUCACCGCAGCAGUGCAGGCCGCCGUCUCUAUCGCUCUGCGCAAGCAGGUCAAGUCGACUGCAACGAUCCAAAGCGCUGUCACCAUACACGACGUCCGCAAAUGGAUCGACAAAACCAAAUAUCCCGCAACCGGCCUCGUCGGCGCGCUGGCUGUCCCUGUCCCCGCUGUCUUCACUUUGGCCGACGAUUUCGUGGAGACGGCGCACCUCGCCAAGCAGAAGUAUCGCGAGCCGGAGCUGACCGAUCUCCUGCGCAUCCUGCCACGCUUCUGGGGCAACGAGAUGGUGGCGAUAAUGACUUCGCCGCCGGCGGGCGCGUCAGCGCCCAGCUCACUCGGGCUGUCCAGCUUCGGUAUCAUGGACACAUAUCUUAAGCCAUCGUAUCAAGGCGCUGCUGGGAGCAACACCCAGGUGGAGGUAGAGGAUGCCUGGCUGGGUAUUACGUUGUACUCGCCGGAUAUCUUGUUGCAUUUGUGGACGUUGCAGGGCGCCAUCAAGCUGCAGUGCGUGUACAAUGAGGCGUAUUUCAAGAAGGAGGCAGUGGCGGCGCUACUCGAGGAGACCAGGGACGAGUUACUGCAAGGGUUAGGUUUAGUGAAUUAA